AUGUCCCAACCAGUGCAACCCCAGAGCUCGCCCACGGAAAUAGUCACCUUUACCAUUUGUACUACGGCGGCCCAAGUUCAUGGUGCCGUCUCAGUGCUGUCGCAGCACAGAUUCGUCUGCCUGGAUUGCGAAGGCCGUGAUUUCGGGAAAUUGAAUGGCACCCUGUCGCUUCUCUCCUUGGGCACGCCUGUUGCGAGUGACAAGCAGCAUGUUUUCAUCUUGGACAUCCCCUCCUUGCUCGUCAAUCCAGAAGCACGCGACGUUCUCUCCGCAUUCCUUAUUAGCGAUGCCACAACUAAAGUCACGUAUGAUGGGCGAUGCGACUACCUUGAGAUACGCGACGCACUCGGCGUAGAUGUUCAACCUGUGCUUGAUCUGCAGCUCGCUGAAUCGCUCGCACUUGGUAGACGCGGGAUGGUCCGCUUAUUCUACUUCAGCGCGAGAUACGUCAAAAGCAACAAGGAACUAUUCGAGGGGAUGCGUCGUAUCAUUGGCAUGGAUGAAGCGACGCGCACAUACGUACCUAACCUCGUCCUUCCAAAGCACGACGCAGUGAAAGAGAUGCAUAGACGGAACGAGUCGUACCGCUGGAUGGAUCGACCGCUGUCAGACGAGCUGUUAUCUUACGCCGCAUGCGAUGUACGCGCCAUCGCCCAUCUUCUCAAGACGUUUCGGUCUCGCCAUAUCAUUCCAAGCAACGCAAGCCCGGAACUACCCAAGCUCAUGCGGAAGUCAACUCGCUACGUGACUCGCAAUGGCGUGUCGACGCGUGCACAAUUCAAUGCUCCCGGCGAGUUUGCUCUGUUCGCUGGCGACCGUACACUCUACUUUCCGAUCGCGCUGUCUGGGCCGCUUCAAAUGCUCCUAGCUUGCCAUACCUGCGGCUCGAACCUGCCUUUGGUGUGCUUUCAACCCCUAAGAUCGGAAAACAUGUCAGAGCCACGGCCGAAGCGCUGCCCGGACACUCGGUGGAGUCGGACUGGGUUGACCUCGGAGCAUAAGGCGUCUCUGACUCAUCCUUCACAAAGAUAUACUACAGGACCCGGUUCAACCUUGAAGCAGCGAUCAAUCGAGGCAUUUGCGCUCGUAUUGAUACAGCCCACGCGCUACAUCCUUCGAAUGAGUAUGAUGUUGUAUGUGGACGCCGUGGUUCAUGCCGAGAACCGGUUGUGGCAUCUUUCCUUUUGA